ACCCACCAGCCAAACCCAAUUCAUAUCUGUUCUCUCUUCACACAACACAAACACUCUCUCCAUAUCACCUAUCCUCCAUCUAUUUAUAUCAAAAUUAGGGUUUUUACACCUCUUUUCACUUAUAAAAAUUAGGCCUUUUUUCAAAUCUAUGUCAUGUAGAAUCUUUUAAUUCUGUUGUUUAUUGAUUUGAUCUUUUGAUUAUUGAUGAAUUGUCGCAUCGGUGGGAUUAGAGUCGUUGCGAUUCGAUUGCGCUGGCGGUUUCGAUAUCGAAAAGGCCGUUGUAUAUGUGUAUGAGUUUAGUUUGAGUUGAUUGAUUGUUGUGAUGGCGCCGAGUCGGAGAAAAGGUGCCAGUAAGGCGGCUAUGGCCUCCGCUGCUCGGAAGCAGUGGAAGGUCGGCGAUCUUGUUCUUGCUAAGGUUAAGGGGUUUCCGGCUUGGCCGGCUAAGGUGAGUGAACCAGACAAGUGGGGGCAUCAAGUGGACUGGAAGAAAGUAUUUGUGUAUUUUUUUGGCACUCAACAAAUCGCAUUCUGUAAUCCAGCUGAUGUUGAAGCCUUUACGGAAGAAAAGAAAGCAAAUCUUUUAGGAAAGCGUCAUGGUAAAGGUGCUGAUUUUGUUCGCGCAGUACGGGAGAUUAUUGACAGCUUUGAGAAGUUAAAAAACGAGGACCAAAAUGCGAAUAUACUUUCAGCUAAUGAUACCAUCAUGGGAAAUGGUAGCAAUUCUGUAGAACCUUUGGCUGAUUCUGGUGUGAAGGAUGAGGCUCCCAAAGCAAUAAAGGGGACAUUACAUGAAAGUACAGAUUCUACAACUGCCAAAUGUGAUGAUGAUUUUCAAGUUGGAGGGUCUGCAGCUGGAGCAACACAAGACCCUUUCCAUAGUGAGGAGGCUUUGUUUGAGGAUCCUACAGGUGACACCAAUGUUAAAGAAACCUCUCUGCCAACAACAUAUUCUAGGAAAAAAAAUGGAGUUGCACAAGCACGUAACUUUGUCACAGAGAGAAGAGUCCCGUCUGCUCGAAGGUCACGAAGUUCAACCCGGGUAGAUUCGCGCAAACUUCAGAACUUUAUAUUGCCAUCUAGCAAUGCAAGAAAAGAUGUAGGGAUUGUAGAGAGGUAUGGAUUGCGGGACGCGUCAUGCAGAAGGAGCAAGCGGAUCAGGAAGUCACCAGAUGUUUGUGAUGUUAAUGAUGUGGAUUCACCUGUUUCUGUUUCAAGUGGUACCCCUAAAGAAAAAGAUUCGGAAACUGGUACAGUUGACUCUGACACUUUCAGUGUCAAUGAGGGAAGCACUGUGGAGUCUGGCUUUGGACUGAUGCAAACAGAGUCUGUUGUCGAAUGUUCCCUGGGAGAUACCCAAACAAAUCAAAGACUUGACUUCCAUUCCAGUGCUGUAAUUGUUAAGAAAAAAAGAAAGCCAAGUAGAAAACGAGUAAACAGUGGGACUAGUGAACAUAUUGGUAGACUAGAGAAGGAGCCAGAAUCAGAGAUUGAAGAGCAUAGAUCUAGUCAGAGUUUGCCAAGUGAUAAUAAAAACGUGAACGAGAAGUACAUUAGUGAAGAUGGAGAUGAGCAUCUGCCAUUACUCAAAAGAGCCAGGGUUAGAAUGGGUAGACUAUCAUCUGAAGUGGAGCAACCAGAUACCUUCAUCCAGCCAGAGGAGAAAUCUUCUGAAGUUUCAGAUGGUCGGAUGGUGCGGCUGAAUGCAUCUUUAAACUCUGAGGAAGAUAGUCCUGUUGAAAGAAACCCAUCUGUUGGUAUGCUGGAGUUGGAUAAUGUAUCAACAAUUAACAAGUUUCCUGUGAAUACGCCAGCACCUUGGGAAGUUAAGAAAUUGCAUUGCAGUUCAGUAGACGGCGAAGCUGCUUUACCUCCAUCAAAGCGCAUUCACCGUGCAUUAGAAGCGAUGUCGGCUAAUGUCGCUGAAGAUGUUGAAGCAACUUUUGAGGCACCAUCAUCCAUGAAAACAGUCAUGAAUGCGUCUUGUUUUUCACCCAUGAGGGAUUGCUCCAACAUAUCUCCUGGUAAUAAAUCAGAGGGUGAAACUGUAUUGCGUAAUGUAAAUUUUUCUGGCAAAACUGCUUCUCAAGGUACAAUCUUGGGGUGCCCUGAUAAUACAAUUCCCUCCAGAGCUGACGGGGGUCCUGCAUCUAAUGUUGAAGUGGUAGAUUGUGAUAUUCUUCCAAAUAACAAUAGCGCAGAACCUGUACCUUGUGGUACUGGACUUCCUGUACAGGCUGUUGACCGUUCUGAUCGUGAGGAUCCUGGUGAUUCAUCCUUGAGUAAAACUCUUCCUGAAUCGGCGGUGAUGCCUCGAAGGCCAACACCUUUGAGAGCUAGCUUGGACGACGAAGUGAUAAGCAGCAAAGGCAAACAAGAGAAUUUCCUGCAGCCUUCUGUUGGUAACAGCCAGAUUGAGAAUUGUGAGCUGAAAAACCAAUUUGAAGAGGGUGAUCAUGCUAGGCUAGAUACAACGAACUCAGAUACUGUUUUAUCCAACCCUGAGAUUAUGAAUUGUUUGACACGUGAUGAUUCAGAUUUGUCACUACGCAAUUUACAAAAUGAAUGCCAGACUACCAAUUUGUUGAAGCUGGAUAUCAGUAGAGAUAACGAGGACACAGAAAUGAUUUUGGUGAAAGAAAAAUCGACAUCGAAAGAUAUAAAAGGAAUCACAUCUCCAUCUACAGAGGCCAGGACUACUUCCAUACAGGAUCUUCCACAACUGCUUCAGUCUAGUUCUCAUUCUGAAGAUCAUUCAAGUCACAGAGAGGUCGCGGGUAUGUGCUCAUCUAUGUCUCUGACUGGUGGGUUAGUCUCCACUUCACGAGCACCCCCACCCCCACAUAAUACUUCUGCUUGCAACAUGCCUGCGUCAGAUAACAGUUCACUUCUUAGAAAUGAUGGCUGCUGCAGUCUCGAUGUACCCUUGCGGCAUGAGAAAGUAAUACAUGCUGGAAAACAAAAUGGUAAAGUAGAAGCCAAUGCUGCUCUUACAUCAUUUGAAGACUAUCUUGGAUUGCUGACAAGGACAAAAGAUAGCAUUGGUCGAGCGACACGAAUUGCUAUCGAAUGUGGUAAACUUGGUGUUGCUUCGAAGGUGGUGGAGUUACUUGCUCGGCGUCUGGAAAAGGAACCUAGUCUACCCAAAAGAGUAGACUUGUUUUUCCUUGUGGAUUCUAUUACGCAGUGCUGUCGAGGCCUGAAGGGUGAGGUUGGUGGCGUGUAUCCUUCAAAAGUUCAAGCACAGCUACCACGUCUAUUAUUAGCUGCUGCUCCUCCUGGAAGUAACGGUCGGGAAAACCGCAGACAAUGCUUAAAGGUAUUGAAACUUUGGCAGGAAAGAAGAGUCCUUCCAGAAUCCGUUAUCCGCCGCCAUAUCCGUGAUCUUGAUUCUGCCAAUAAUCCUCCUGCCGCUGAUCCUCAUUGUCGCCGUGUCGAAAGAAACGAGCGGGCUUUUGAUGAUCCCCUCAGAGAAGUUGAGGGCAUGGUGGAUGAAUAUGGAAGCAAUUCAAGUUUUCAGCUUCCUGGUUUUCGGAUGCCUCCUAUGCUGAAAGAUGAAGAUGAAGGAUGUGAUUCUGAUGGGGAGAGUUUUGAGGCUGUUACUCCUGAACAUAAUUCCAGUAGCCCUGGAGGACAGAUCCAGAUAGCUGCUUGUGAGAAGCGUAGUCACAUAUUGGAAGCUGUUGAUGGUGAACUUGAAAUGGAAGAUGUUGCUCCCUCUUGUGAAGCUGAGCCUGGUGGCACCAGCAAUGGUCGAGUUCGCAGUGCAGAGGUUAUAAAUGGCCGAAUCGAACAGAACUUUCCUGCUGUUAUCCUCCCUCCAAAUCCCAAGACUCUACCAACCUCCUCUCCUCCUCUGCCGAUGUCGCCCCCACCAUCUCCACCUCCUCCACCUCCGCCCCUGCCACCUCCACCGCCACCUCCAUUGUCUACAUUGCCUAAUCCAGUUACCAACAUUCCUGAUUCAAAGCUUUAUGCAAAUGAAGAUAAACAACAGUUCACUGCUCUACGUCCAGUUGCACCGAGAAUUGACCCAAUAAUUUCAGAAGCAUCUUCCUAUCAUGCUCAUGAAAAUGGAAAUUGUAGUAUGUCGGUGCAGAUACCUGAUACUGCCAGCACCGACUCUUUUGGUAGUUUGCCUCUCCCUCAUUUACCUAAUCAGCCACCCAAUAGUGUUCCACAAGUAAAUGGUGCUGUCUCUCACAGCAAGGCAUUUCAUUUAAGACCACGGGUGCCUGAAUCUGCUAAUACCCCUUUUGGUGGCGCGCCUGUGUCUCACCCACCAACUCAGUCUGUGAAUAGUGGCGCACAGUUAGAUGGUGCUGUAUCUCAGAAGGCAUUUCAUUUAAGGCCACCUCAUCCUGCACCAUCAAAUCAAUUUUCAUAUGUGCAUGCAGAUCAGCGAACACAGAGGAGGGAGUUUCCCCACCAAUCCUAUCCCACCAGGUCCCAUUUCGCGCACAAUACAGAUAGAGGGAACUUUUACAGUGACCGUGAUAGAUUUGAUGCAGCCCCACAUGAUGCUGGUGAUAACUGGAGACAUUCAGAGCCUUCUUUUUCUGGUCCAAACUAUCGAGAUAAUGGUAGGCAUUCAUAUGCACAUGGUCCUUAUGGCGGACCAUUGCGUGAGCCUGCUCCAAAUCAUAGCUGGGCUUUCCCUCCCCGGCCUAUGCAUCACAGAGAAGUUAUGCAUCGUAGACCGUCCCUGGAUGGUCCUAUCCCGGUGGCAAGUAGAGUCUUCUUGAUGGGUGCUACUUCUUCGGUUUCUGAAAAAUCUGUUCAUGAAUUUACAGUUAAGGAUUGCAAGAACAAAGAUGUGGACCUGAGCAUCUACAAAGGAAAAGUGCUGCUCAUUGUCAAUGUUGCUUCAAAAUGCGGGUUCACAAAUGCAAAUUAUACCGAGUUGACUGAACUUUACAACAGAUUAAAGGGUCAAGAUUUUGAGAUCUUGGCCUUCCCAUGUAAUCAAUUCUUGCACCAAGAACCGGGAACGAGUGAGGAUACACAAAACUUUGUUUGCGAAAGAUUUAGGGCAGAGUACCCUGUAUUUCAAAAGGUACGUGUGAAUGGGCAAACUGCAGCACCCCUGUACAAAUUUUUGAAAGCUAAUAGUAAAUCUCCAUAUUUUGGGCAUAGCAUUAAGUGGAAUUUCACCAAGUUUCUUGUGAACAAAAAUGGAGAAGUUAUACAACGAUAUGGCACAACUACCUUACCUUUAGCAAUCGAGGAAGACAUCAAGAAAGCAUUGGAGGAUUAGUGUGAGAAACGUUUAAGAAGUUGUAUGGCGAGUUCAUUCCGCGUGGACAUACUGAAGAUAUAGGAAGGUGGGAUGGCAUUGUGAUAUAUCAAGUCAAGUGUUUUUUAGGUACUCCUUUUUUGUUAGUGAUCUUGCACAUGUAAAUGAUUUAAAAACUUCCUGGCAUCCAAGCAAAUGCCUGUACUAUAUGAGUUGUUCCUUCAAAUCUGUUUAAAACGUGAAAGAUUUUGGUCAUAUCAGAAUGUUUUGUUGUCCCUUUGAUUAA